CAGGCCCUUGGAGGAGCCGGGGAACGAGCAGGUCUCCGUCAGCACGUUCCCUGCCCGGCUGGUGGCCGAGCAGCUGACACUCAUGGACAAGGAGCUGUUCCUGGAGCUGGUGCCAAACCACUGUCGGGGGGACCUCUCAUCUAUCAGGAACAAGCCGGGCUACGAGCAUGUGUGCCCCACUGUGCGGGCCAUCGAGAGCCAGUACUACACUGUGGCCGCCUGUGUCCUUACCACCUGCCUCUCGGAACUGAGCCCGCCCGCGCGGGCACGGAUGCUGGAGUACUGGAUCCUGGUGGCCCAGGAGUGCCAGCGCCUCCGCAACUGGGCGUCCACCUAUGCCAUCAUCUGUGCCCUGCAGAGCCCCGCCAUCCGCCGACUCUGCCAGACCUGGGGCCACGUGUCCUGGUGGAGCCGGAGGAAGCUGAAGGCCCUGUGCAGACAGGCCCGGAAACAUAGACGCUGCAAGCCCCUGCAGGUGGAACAGCGCUGCAGCUUUGUGUCCUGCUUGAGGAACCUCGGGAGACGCCAGGGUGUGGUCCCCUUCCUGGGGCCCUUCCUCCAGGAGCUGGAGAGUCUGGACAGAGAAAUGGAGGAUUUUGGGGGGGAGGUGAUCAACAAGGAGAAAUUAACAAAGGAAACUAAAAUCCUCCAGGAGAUUGUUCUGCUCCAGGAGGCCGCAGAGAACUACCGCCUGCAGCCCCACGACCAGUUUCUCACCUGGUUCCAGGACCUGGAGCUGAUCUCCAUGGAGGAAAGCUUCGUCCUGUCCUUCCAGCGGGAGCCCCCGUUUGAGGCAUUCUUCUACCACCUCCGCCAGGAAGGAGCUUCACUGGAAGCCACUGUCCACCCUUACUUUAACAUAUCCUUCAGUUGUGCUUGUGUUUAAACAAUCUCAACUAUAUUGUAUUUGUUAAUAACAUUGAGUUAGUUUAGUAUUAAAACAAUUGACCGAAAGAAUGUGUCAUAGUGCAAUUUCCUAGUGAUA